AUGGUCGUGGUGGACAUUGACUACCGCGAGUACUUCCUCCCUGACACCAUUCAAGAACUGCAGCGUGCCUUUGACAAGUGGGACACAUCUGGAGAUGGUGCUAUUUCUGUCAAGGAGCUGUACCAAAUGUUCCGAAGCCUUGGGAAGAAGGUGAGCCGCCAGCAGUUGAAGCACGUGCUCGCUGAGAUCGACACGGACGGGAAUGGCGAGAUCGACUUCGAGGAGUUGUGCAUGCUGGAGAUCAAAAUGAGUGGUGCCCGACCACGAGCUGAUCUCAUCGACUACCAGGAAUUCUUGACUGAGCGUCAAGUGGCCAAGCUGGAGACGGCUUUCCUUCGACAUGACCGGAAGAACACAGGUCUGAUUGGCCUCGAUGCCUUCUGCAGCAUCGUGGAGAGUCUUGCGCCCUGGACCGAGCGAACGCCUGUGGAACAGCGUGCCACGCGUGAGGAUUAUGAGGAUGUGCUGGCCGAGGUGGAUCCCCAAUGUCGUGGCAGCAUCGACUUCCACCAGCUUUGCUCCGGCUUCGCCGUGCUCACCAAAGCACGCAAGAUGGUGAACUACAGAGAGUAUUUGCAGCAGGACGAGGUGAAGGAGUAUCGACGCAUCUUCACCGCCACUACGCAAAAGAGGGGCCAAAGUGGACUUUCGAAGUCGGACUUGGACCGGAUCUUGCGGAGAAUGGGAGCUACUUUGUCGAAGGCGCAGCUGCGUGAGUUCUUCCAGUACUUUGACACCGAUGGCUCGGGCCUGAUGGACUUCGAGGAGUUCUGCGUGAUGCUCCUGAGGGUGCGCAACCUCCACAAGAAUCGGAUCGUGAGCCCGGAGACCUGCAGCUGCGCUGAGCUGUGGCGAGAGGAGGAGUUCAGCAUCGAGGAGCUUCAGCAAUCUGGCUUCACCUUGGAGGAUUUCAAGAAAGCCGGCAUACCGGUUGCCACUCUUCAUAAAGAUGGAGGAUACUCUGCGCUGGAGCUUCGCCGUGUCGGUUUCUCUGCCAAGGAGCUCAAGCAAGGCGGAGUGGCACUGAUGGAGCUCCGUAGAGGCGGCUACAGCCUCAUGGACCUACGCUUGGCAGGGUUUUCAGCUGAAGCCCUUGAAGGUGCCAACCGCCAGCUCUUUGGGUCCUUCUCUGCCGGUGAUCUCUCGGUACUUCCACGGAUGGCACCGAAACCUGUGGUCUCCAAGGGAUUUGCGCUAAGCAGCGCCGGCUUCGCCCUCCUGAAGAAUGCUCCAGGCUCUUUUCUGGAUGCUGCUGUGCAGCGUCCUCUUCAGAGGCAGAUGACGCCGAUGAUCCGGGAGCACACUGACUGGAAAUCUCCCUACACAGGGCGGGCGAACAUGACCGGGGAUAGCCUGGAUGCCUUAGCAUCCACCAGAUUGCUCAGGUCUAGACCCAGUGACCUCAACGGGUUUCUCCUCGACUCUCGGGGGAAGUUUUUGGGUGGUUAG